AUGAAGAACCCUUUUGCAUUGAAGGAGGACCCGGGGUCCAACAUCCCCAAGGAAGUCUAUGGCUACAGGCCCUAUGUCCUAGCCUUCUCCGCUGCUUGGGCGUCGGCCAUGUACGGCUACGACUCGGCCUUCAUCGGCGGCACCCUGAGCCUGCCGUCCUUCCGCAAGGCCUACGGCCUGGACAACAACACGGCCGGCCUGUCCUCCAACAUCGUGUCCACCUUCCAGGCCGGCGCCUUCUUCGGCUGCAUCGCCGGCUUCUUCGUCGCCGAGCGCUUCGGCCGCAAGCCGACCAUCAUGGUCUCGGGCGUCGUCUUCAUCAUCGGCGUCAUCCUCCAGAUGAUCGGCAGGCUGGGCCUGCUCUACGCGGGGCGCGCCCUGACGGGGCUGGGGAUCGGCGCCUCGUCGCUCAUGCUGCCCAUCUACAUCUCCGAGUGCUCGCCGGCGCUGAUCCGCGGCCGCCUGGUGGGGAUCUUCGAGAUCAUGCUGCAGGUCGCCCUCGUCUUCGGGUUCUGGGUCAACUACGGCGUGGACCGGGACAUGGACCCCGCGAGGGACAUCCAGUGGCACAUCCCCGUCGCCGUGCAGUUCAUCCCCGCGGGCCUGCUCCUGAUCAGCAUGCCCUUCCUCAUCGAGUCGCCGCGCUGGCUCGUCGCCAAGAACCGCGGCGAGCAGGCGCGCAGGGCGCUCAGCUGGGUCCGCAACCUGCCCGAGGACCACGCCUACAUCAGCACCGAGCUCGGCGAGAUCCAGGCCAGCGUGACGUACGAGCUCGAGCUGAGCGGCGGCAAGGACACGAACCUGCAGAUCCUGCGCGAGCUCGGCGCCAAGGGCAUCCGCAACCGCGUCAUCAUCAGCGUCCUGCUGAUGCUGCUCCAGAACCUCACUGGCAUUAACGCGAUCAACUACUACUCCCCAACGAUCCUCAAGGCCAUCGGCUUCACCGGCACGAGCGUCGGCCUCCUCGCCACGGGCAUCUACGGCCUCGUCAAGAUGUUCACGACCGUCAUCUUCAUGGUCUUCUUCGUCGACCGCUUCGGCCGGCGGUCCGCGCUGCUCGUCGGCGCCGUCGGCGCCAUGGUCGCCAUGUUCUACCUGGCGGGCUACUCCAAGCUCAGCGGCUCCUUCGAGGGGCGCGCCAAGCAGGACGCCGGCAGCAACGCCGCGUUGGCCAUGAUCUACCUCUACGCCAUCUUCUACGGCUUCUCGUGGAACGGCAUCCCCUGGAUCUUCGCGUCCGAGGUGCUGCCCAACCGCAUCCGCACGCUCGGCAUGAUGUUCUCGGUCUGCAUGCAGUGGCUCGCCCAGUUCAUCGUCGUCUACUCGCUGCCCUACAUGAUCAAGGCCAUCACCUACGGCACCUUCAUCUUCUUCGGCACGUGCACCGUCGUCGCCUUCUGCUUCGCCUACGUCUUCGUGCCCGAGACCAAGAACGUGGCGCUCGAGGACAUGGACCUCAUGUUUGGAAAGGAGGCGCCCCUGUUUGCGCCGUCCGCGCGCAAGAGGUACCUCGAGAUCCGGGCGGCGGGGCUGAACACGGCUCUCAUUCACGAGGCGGAGCGCAAGGCCGAGGAUGCGGACGUGGAGAGGGCGGAGCAUGGCGGCCAGUCGUAA